CAUGCUAACGCUUAGCCGCGCCGCUUCUCUUGUUUACUUCCGGUUUCGGAGCGCUGAUGAAAUGAAACGAAAUAAAACCCCGUUGCUUGACUAUGACGUGUGGGCAGUGGAGUGGACAUUAUCGCGCAUUUAUGGUAGAACAGACGCAGUUAAAAGCGUUUCAGGAGUCAUAACUAAAGACAGCAGACUGCUUCAGUCUUUAACGCCGAGAAGACGGUCAUCUUAGCCAACACAGAGCUUCAGCCUGAGAGAGACACACAAGAUGCGUACCAGACAGCGAGGCUCUCAUCUUGGCCUGCUCCUGCUGGCGUCUCAGGUGUUUCAGCUCGGCAUAGACAACAUCCCUCCGGCUACGUUAGCGACGCUUGGUCUGAAUGUCUACCUCUUCCUGUUUCCUGUCAAGCCCCUCUUACAGACGUGUGUGAGUGUACAGCAGGCCUACUGGGCUGCGGACUGGCAUCGCCUCUUGUUGUCCCCUUUCCAUCAUGUCGACGACUGGCACCUCUACUUCAACAUGGUCUCCUUCCUCUGGAAAGGCGUCAACCUGGAGCGCAGGCUCGGCACCGCCUGGUUCGCCUACCUCCUGUCCGUCUUCUCCCUGCUCACCGGAUUGGUCUAUCUGCUCCUAGAGGCGGCGCUGACCGAGCUCCUGGACGAUUUCUCGUUUAGCAUGCAGUGCGCCGUGGGCUUUUCAGGUGUUCUCUUCGGACUGAAAGUCGUCAACAAUUAUUAUAACCCGGGUGGAUCCACGUACAUCAUGGGGCUUCCUGUAGCCAAACGCUACGCCUGCUGGGUGGAGCUAGUCCUCAUUCACAUAAUGAACCCAGGGACCUCAUUUGUUGGGCACCUGGCUGGCAUUGUAGUGGGGCUUCUUUACAACGGUCCCCUUAAAACACUAAUGGAAACGUGUGCAGGUUUUGUUAGUGGUCAUGGAAACUACGGCAGGCCUCGCACCUAUUAUAACUCUUCGGGGUAUAGCGGGUAUAGAAUGCCCUACACACCGAACAGAUCGCCCUAUGAUGGCCAGGGUCUCUAUAGCCGAGUCGCGCCAUCGGCACCCCCUCAGCACCUGUACACAGCCGGUCUGUCGGAGCGGGAGCAGUACGAAGCAGCCAUUAUUGCCAGCCUGCAAGACCAAGGACGCCGCCCUCAGAGUCGACCGCAGUACGGGUUCAACGCCAACUCCGAGCCCAACACAGAGGAAAUCCGUCGGCGCCGACUUCAGAUGUUUGAGAGUUAAUGCAAAAAACACAAACCUUAAAGCUUUUAAACAUUUACAACAACCAUUCAGGAGGACAGUUGGGUUCUUUCAGGUUCACUCCUGUGUAACUGAUGGACACUGAAGAUUCUAUUUACAGUAUAAAAGUUGAAAUGGAAUGAAGUGUACUUCUAACAGAACUUUAUGCCAUUUUACAUAUCUCUAAAAUACUAAGAUCUGUCAAAGGUGGGUUUUUUUUUCCAGAAUAUGCACUUUUUUGGAAGUUGGAAUUGGAAAUUCAGCCAUAAGUCUUAAUAAUUUGCACUGAAAUGCUUUUGCUAAGCUGUUUUACUGUCUUGAUGAAACUUUAUUUUUGUAAAUAAAUCCAACAAUAUGGUAUGUAUCUUAA